UUUUUGUUUUCGCGCCUAAAUCGUGUAUGUUUUGGUUCCAUGUAAAAUGUUUGUGUUUUGGUUGACUUUGCCUCUUGUGUGCUCUGUUUUUCUCCUGGCCAGAACUUCUGUGAAUCCAACCUAGCCUUCUGCUUACACUGUAAUAGAUGCUGACCGUGACUCCUCAUGGUGCUGACUCUCCACUGUGGAUCCCCCCUCAGCCUACCUGCAUGAGGAUCCCUGCUCCUCCUCAUGUGCUGAGCAGACAAGGCAGAGGCUUCAGUGUGUGAGAGAGAGUGUGUGAAGAGGAGGAAAAAGCGGUAGAAGAAGAGAGGUAGUCUGUCUGUGGUCGGAGUGUUGUUUAUGUUUGUAUGUUUCACCGUUGGACGGCUCGGUGAAGGGACACGAGGAGGAGGAGAAGAGAAGGAGGAGAGGAGGAGGAGAAAUGCUCUGUGUCAUGUCAGUACGCGUGGACCUUGACUGAUCACAGGGCAAGCAAAAGGCAGAGAGGAAGAGGAGGAGGAGGAAGAGAGAGGAACAGAGACUUUGGGCUCACUGAGGAAGACGGGAAGAAGAGGAGGAGGAGGGGGGAGGAGGUGAAGUGGGAGUCUGAGGCUCCGUUUUGCCGUGACAUUGCUGGAUAAACGGACCGUCGGACUGAGCACUCCUCAGUUGUGUGUCAACAGGAACUUGUCUUAGAAGAGCGAGUGCCCUAGACAGAAAGAAGCAGAGAGAGAGAGAGAGACUCAGGAAGAGUAAAGAUCUCCAACCCAGCUCAGGAGCAGGGACUGGACUUACUGAGUGUGUGAGUGUGUGUGUGUGCGUGCGUGUGUGUGUGUGUGAGAGAGAGAGAGACCGGUGGAGGGCAGAGGAGUGGAGGGCCAGGGGACUAACCUGGCCAUCAAACGGACUGGCAGCCUCUCCUCUCCUGGGAUCAUGUACCCUCAGGGCAGGCAUCCGGUCCCCUUGCAGCCUGGCCAGUCUUUUAAGUUCACAGUCCUGGAAACUCUGGACCGCAUCAAGGAGGAGUUCCAGUUCCUCCAGGCGCAGUACCACAGCCUGAAACUGGAGUGUGAGAAGCUGGCCAGUGAGAAGACUGAGAUGCAGAGGCACUACAUCAUGUACUAUGAAAUGUCCUACGGGCUCAACAUUGAGAUGCACAAGCAGGCGGAGAUUGUCAAGCGUCUCAGUGCCAUCUGCGCUCAGAUCAUCCCCUUCCUCUCUCAGGAGCACCAGCAACAGGUGGUCCAAGCUGUGGAGAGGGCCAAGCAGGUCACUAUGGCUGAACUCAACGCCAUCAUCGGGCAGCAGCAGCUCCAGCACCUGUCUCACCACGCCCCCGGCAUCCCUCUGACACCCCACCCGUCAGGCCUGUCGCUGGGCGCGGGGGGUUCAGGCCUCCUGGCGCUGACCGGGGCCCUUGGGGUCUCGGCCCACCUUGCCUCCAAGGAUGAACGCAACCACCUGGACCCUGAACACCUCCGAGAGGGAGCACCCAGCAGGAGUAAGUCAGUGUCAUCGACAGACAGUCAGCCUGCUGAGGAGCGUCAGGGCCCGUCAGGAGGCUACUCCUCCUCGCAGGGAGGAGCCGAGGCCAAGAGGAGGCGCUGUGAUGACAAGGAGCCCCUCCCACCCCACUCCUAUGACAGUGAUGGAGACAAGAGUGAAGAUAACCUGGUGGUGGAUGUCUCCAAUGAGGAGCCUAACUCCCCUGCUGGCAGCCCCCCUCACUCCCCUCAUGGGAACGGGUUAGACCGAGCUCCGACCUUAAGGAAAGAGCUUCCAGGUUCCCCAGGCCCUGGAGAGGCCCCCUCCUCCCCAAACCCCCGCAGCCCCACCCCUGGGAAGGCCAAGGACUCUGCACAGAUGGAUAAGUCCCAGUCUCCACUGUCUAAGUCUGGCACCCCAUCCCCGUCCCACCGUGAGGCCCUUACUCCUGGAGCUCCAGGAGCUCCAGGUGCCCCUGGCCCCAGCACCUCCUGCCUUCGCCUGGUCAGCAAAGCAGCGUCCGCAGCAGACCCCCUGGCUCUCCGCAGUCCCAUGUCCGUGCCCCCCGGUUCGUACCCGGCUCAUUUUGGGGUGGUGUCCCACGCAGGACUUAACGGUGAGCUGGCCAGUCCAGGAGGUUUCGGAGGGGCUCUCACCCUCUCCCCACAGAUCAGCGCAGCAGCCAGCGCCUACUCCCGAAGCCCCAUGGUGGCGUAUGAGUCCCGGUCUCACCUCAGGGCCCCGGGCCUGUCCUCCUCUCUGCCUGGUUCCUCUGGUGGCAAGCCCGCCUACUCGUUCCAUGUGAGCGCGGACGGCCAGAUGCAGCCGGUGCCCUUCCCCCCCGACGCCCUGCUGGGCCCGGGCAUCCCGCGCCACGCCCGUCAGAUCCACACCCUGAACCACGGAGAGGUGGUGUGCGCCGUCACCAUCAGCACCUCCACGCGCCACGUCUACACCGGAGGCAAGGGCUGCGUCAAGGUGUGGGACAUCAGCCAGCCGGGCAGCAAGAGCCCCAUGGCCCAGCUCGACUGUCUGAACAGGGAUAACUACAUCCGUUCCUGUAAAAUCCUCCCGGAUGGGCGGACCUUGAUUGUGGGCGGGGAGGCCAGCACGUUGUCGAUCUGGGACUUGGCCACGCCCACUCCCCGCAUCAAGGCGGAGUUAACGUCAUCUGCCCCGGCCUGCUACGCUCUGGCCAUCUCCCCUGACAACAAGGUCUGCUUCUCCUGCUGCAGUGAUGGAAACAUCGUGGUCUGGGACCUUCACAACCAGACCCUGGUCAGGCAGUUCCAGGGUCACACAGACGGGGCGAGCUGCAUCGACAUCUCCAACGACGGCACCAAGCUGUGGACGGGAGGGCUGGACAACACGGUCCGCUGCUGGGACCUCCGAGAGGGACGGCAGCUGCAGCAGCACGACUUCACCUCGCAGAUCUUCUCUCUGGGCUACUGUCCGACAGGCGAGUGGCUGGCUGUGGGCAUGGAGAGCAGCAAUGUGGAAGUGCUGCACGUCUCCAAACCUGAUAAGUACCAGCUGCACCUCCACGAGAGCUGCGUGCUCUCCCUCAAGUUCGCCUACUGCGGCAAGUGGUUUGUGAGCACAGGGAAAGACAAUCUGUUGAAUGCAUGGAGGACACCGUAUGGAGCCAGUAUUUUCCAGUCCAAGGAGUCCUCGUCUGUGCUGAGCUGCGAUGUUUCCCCAGACGACAAGUACAUAGUGACGGGCUCCGGGGACAAGAAGGCCACGGUCUAUGAAGUGGUGUACUGAGGGACGGGACGGGACGGGACGGGACGGCGUGCUCGGGGUGGUUUUCGGGUAGAGAGUUUGGGAGCGAAGGGGGAAGCCGACCCUUUCCCAAUCGCCUGUACAGUACAGCAGCAGCGGCGCCUCCCUCUUAGCUCUGCUUCCUUCCAAAGGACUGACACACACACCCCCCUUCCUCCUUUACACCCCCCUCGCCCUCCCUCUUCACCAAACACAUCACCACCACCCCCUCCCUCACCCCUCCCGUUUACUGUGAUAUAAGCUACUGUGGAAGCCCCUAUCUACCACCCCUCCCACCGCCAAGCCCCUCUGCCACUUUUUGCUCAAGGAUGAGGCAUGAUAGAAGGAGCGAGAGAGAGAGAGAGAGAGAGGAGAAACAGCAAGAUAAGGAGGACAAAGGGAAAGGGCGGUGGAGCAUGAAGAUAAAGACAGAAGGAGAAAGAGAGAAAGACAGACAAGAGAGAGAGAGAGAGAGAGAGCCAGAGAGCGCGGAAGGAAGAGAAAUGAAAAGGGGAGAGUGGGAAGAAGAAGGAGGAGGAGGAGGGAGGGAGGGUAAUUAGGGCUGUUUCCUGAUUAAGAGCUCAGUGGAAGGGAGGCCCCCAGAGGAGGCGCGGAGCGGCACUGUGGGAGCGCCAGCCAGGAGCACUGAUACCACACAAUCGAUUCAUUAGCCAGACAGUGGAAGCCUUAAUGAGGCUGACGCCGCAGCCCGCUCUCCCCAGCGAGAGGUGUCAGGAGCUGGGGAACGAUGACGCUCCGAGACGGGGGGGUGGUGGUGGGGGGGUACGGUGUGUGUGUGUGUGUUUGAGGGGGGGGGCUGCUUCGGAAAAUGCACAUAUUCUGACAUGAAACACAGACCCACACUCACGCAAGAGCGGGCGCACGCAUGAGCAUACACACACACACACUCCCCUUGAGGUAGUCGUACAAAGGAAAAGGAAACGCACGCGCGCGCAACACGCAGAGCACCCAAUUAAACAUUCAGCGCAGCGCUCCCCGUCUCACUGCUUAAUAUCUAUUUUAUUUUGGUCUGACAAAGGCGGCGUCUAAUGAGCAGUGGAGUCAAUGGGAUUCUCCCAGGGCCCAGAGACACAAACAGAGAACAUCAGCCGAGCUGUUCCCUCUAAUUCCUCUGGAUUGUUCUCCUGACACCGGGCGCUGCACUCACUCUCAUUAAAAGGCACUGUCAGCUAGAUGAAGUAGCAGCACGCCAACCUCACUGUAAGGCAGAGAGGGGGGGCAAAUUAAAACGACCAGUUUACGCCAUCAGCGGUCGGCUAAACAGCAACAAAUCCAAUUCCUUCCCAAUUUUUUUUUUUACUCGUCGGCCGACUCGUCUGGCUUCUCACGAUCAGUUCACCCGUAUCCAGAUGAAAACCUGUGCAGAAUGACAUGUCCACGUGCUACCUUUGGAAGUGCUCCGGCUAAAUCUUGUUUGAUAAGCUAUUGAUUGCUAUUAAUUGAUGCCACGCAGCUGAUUCUUCCUGCCCACCCCUCCUUGUAUCAUACUCCGAACUGGCUGGCAAAACUGUAUAUGGGAACUCACCGCUUCUGUAGAACAUGCGUCACCAAUGUGUAGAUUUAAAGGCACAUUCAAGCUUUUCUUUUUUUUUUUUUUUUUUUUUUUUUUUUUUUCUUUUUUUAGUCAUUGAUUUCAGUAUUUUUUAUGACUAGUGUUUGCUUGUCUUAUGUAAUGAUAUGUUUAUGUAUCGGGGAGGCUCCGGAUGCCUAUGACUGUGCUUUGGGCCGGGGUGGCAAGUUCAACAGAGAGGCACGCACACUCAUACAGACACACACACACGACCAUGUGGAACACCGGGGUGGGAAAAACACUUUUGUCCUUUUUUUUGUUUGUUUGUUUGUUUAUUUCCUUUCCUUUUAUUAUUAUUAUUUUUUUAAACCAGUGUACCUUGGUGAUGGUGACAGGCAGUGGGGCGCUGCAACAACAGCAGUCCUGUGAGGAGACAAAAUAGACCCUCCGCUUUUGGAGAAAAGUUCCUUCGCCUACUGCUUGUUGGUUUCUCUUUUGUUUUUUUCCCCCCUCCGUUCUUCGAAACAGACGUUGUAGUAAAAGCGUAGUUUACUCUGUUUUCAGUCCUUCUUGUGUAAUAAUGCUACUUCAGUGUUUCUGUUGAGUCUGUGGUCUGUGUACAGCAGGCGCUGGCUGGGACAUGGGAUACAGACUUGGCCAUCGAAGAGGUCCCGCUCGUUACUGCAUGCUUCCUCCUGCUGGCACCCCUUUCUCCACGACAACUGGACCAUUCUCCUUUCAUUCAGCCGCUAGCAGACGCGAGGAAUGGGUCCGCCGGCCAGUUGUUUCCGAGGCAUGAGUUUUAUGUUACAGUGCGCAUACUUAGUUCAGCUGUACAAAAAUUAAGAAAGAUUUGUCUCCAUUUCCUGCCGCAGCGCUUAACGCAGGGUGGAAGAAUUAUGGGGGACUUCUACAAUGGCUAGCUCUGUACCAGCGAGGGGGAGAGAGCUGGCGAUAAUAAGAUAUGUACAGUAAAAUGCCUUUUGCCUGCCUAUUUCCCUUUCCCUCGCUGCCUGUCAGCCAUUGGCAGACCUAAAUGAUAUUCUCAUACCCAAGCUUGCAUACUACUCAGAGUGACGCGGUGUAACGGCUAUGCAUUUGGUGGUAUGCUAGCGCGAACCAUUGGGACAUAGUAUUUGAUACUCUUCUCUCACUGUCAGUAACUGUUUCUCCCCUGCCUGUGCUUUCUCUGUUCCAACAGUUAAAAAGAAAAAGACAAAAAAAAAAAAACUUUUUUUUCUCCGUUGUACAAGCUCAUGAUUAGUACACUUUAAAAAAAAAAAAAAAAAAAGCCAAGGAACUUUUGUUUUUUUAAAUGCACUGUUUUGCCCUCCUGACGCGUUUCCCAUGUGCUGUACAAGAAAUACUAUGUGUGCAGAAAAAAAAAAAAAUAAACAAAACUUGUGUUCAUCUUUU